AUCGGAUUUUCCAUUUCGUGGCGGGAAAAAUCAAAACUUAUCUCAAUAUCUGUUACUGCUGCUCCUGCUGGAAUAUGGAUUUGCAAAAGGUUCAAAACAGCAUUGUAUUAAUGCAAAAGAGUUUGGAGUGUGCAAUAUGUUUGGAGUUGCUAAAUGACCCUGUAUCAACACGAUGUGACCAUCAGUUCUGCAGGGGUUGUCUCCUGAAAGCAUUGUCUUGCAGGAAGAAUAGACAAAUCUGCUCUUGUCCUCUCUGCAACGAACCCAUAACAAAACGAAGUUUACGGGAAGCGUGUCGACUAGGAAAGAUAGCCCAGGCUGUGCAAGAGAUUGCAGCUGCUGUACAGAAUGAUACUGGGAUUGAAGGGUUGAUAUUGCCAACUGCCUUGUUGGCCAUUGCAACCGAGGAGACUAACAACAAGAAGAGGAUAUCUAAUGUCGACUCCGUGGCUGCUCAGUUAAAUGAGAACAGAACAAAUGUGCAAAAGGCAAAACGAAGAAGGUUGCAAGAUGAGACCCCUGUCUACAUUGAGCCAGAUGCUGAUACUGCUGAUGAGGAAAACAAAUACAUGCCUACAAACACAAAUAUAAGAUCUGGAUUUCCCGUCACCAGAAGAAAGAGACGCGUGCGUCGGAGCAACCGGCGUAAUGUCGCCGACGUUGCGAUCGCGUCUCCGGUAGCAAAGAGACUGAGGGAUGAAGGUGCCAGGGACACUGCAGGGUUCCCAGACGCAGUAGCUAGAGAGGAGGAGAAGGAGGAGGAUGUUGCUCUGACGAACCAAAGCCAGGUCGUCAUGUCGUCCGUGCCGCCGCAGUGCGAUCCCGCGUCUCCGCGACGAGCGCGUUGCCACGGCGACGGCGAAUGGACGCAGAGCCUUCAGUGGUUCGACGCGGCGGGCGAGCAGCAAGCGACGCGUUCGCCGCACUCCGCGAAAACACAACAAGCGCGGCCGCGAGCUUGCAGCGCGCGUGGGGACGGCGAGGCGCCGAGACGCGUCGAGUCAACCGACAACGACAGCAGCGUCGCCGUGGAAACGGAAUCGGCGCAGGAGGACGGAUACUCGGCGUACGCCGACGUGCCCGGCCAGCACGACCUCGGCGCGAUUCCCGCGAGCCAGCGCACUCCGACGACCGUCAAGAAACAUCUGAACGGCUCUCGCGGCAGGCGUUCCGCGGCGGCGACGUCGAAGCGUGCGGCGAGGGAUGAGGACGGGUGCGGCGACGGGGAAGACUCGCAGCAGCAGCUGCGACGGCUCGUCGCUGAGAUUUCCGAGGCCGAGAAAUUCACGUUGGACGUGCUGAGCCAGCCAGAGCCGCGAAAGAGCACGUCCGGGAUGGGCCGAGAUCAGGAGACUGCGUCUGGUAUAGACCAGGAUCAGAAUACUACAUCUGGGAUGAACGGGGAUCAGAAUAUUACAUCCGGAAUAGAUCGGGAUCAGAUAAGCACCGACAUUCCGACGUAUGGACCCGACGACAACGGAAAUCCACGUGGAGGCGACGCGGCAGACGUCACCGGACCACAGAAGAAAUCGGUAUCCUCCAGGCGCGGCGUGAGAUCGAGCGAGGCGAUCGAGCGUGACCAACAGAGUCUCUUCGGGAGAUCUUACGCGCGGGGCCGCGCGGGAGCUAAUGCCGCGAGGAGGAGGUCCUCCGUGGCUGGCCGACGCGAUGACGAGCUCACGCGCAUCUACACGGAGGAGGAGGAGCUACGCGCUCGUACCCUCGACGCCACGGCUGCCACGUCGCGCGCCGCAUGCCGGAACAAAGAGCGAAGAGUCUGCUACGAUCUCGCCGAGAGAGACGAGCGCGUCAGCGUUGUGGCGCAGAUUCACUGGCAACCAGCUGGUGACUCUGCGCUGGUCGUCGGUUGCCUUAGCGACAAGGACGAGACCGUGACAGACGCUGCGCCAGACGCCGGUCGCCAUGACGACGAGAGUGAUGUUGUGACCGUCGCCGAGCCGGUUGGUUGCCGUGACGACGAGAUGGAUGCCGUGACCAACGCCGUGCAGAUGACAAUGUCUCGGACAGGUGCGGCAACGAGCCCGGCCCGCAAAGUCUUGAACGGCAACGUGCAGGCGCGCCCUGCAUCAGAUGCUGCCGGAGGUACGGAGUCGAGUGUCACUCGUCGGCCACGUCUCGACCGGGGACGCGGACGCGAGCGUCGUCGCCACGGCAACGAAACCAAACCAAAUUGCGACGAUCGCGGGGCCGCCACUGCAAGCGACGCCGGCAGGAGCAACCACAGGGCGCCACGAGGCCUCGAGAUGUACCGAUGUUCGUUCGUCGAGGGGCAGACCAAGAAGAAAGCGAGGGCCUCUCGAACGGGAAGCAAAUCGAAGCAGAGAAAGGCGACGGAGAAGAAGAAGGAGGAGGCGAAUGUAUCACGAUGUAGCGAGCGCGGGGCCAACAACGCCGAUGACCCGUAUGCGUUUCCGAACAGUCAGAAGACGCCGCCGCCCAAGGUCGCGUGCGUGACGUCGAAGGUCGCGACAACGCAGACAAAGAUGAAGAUGCGGCGGCACGGUGUCGUCGAAUUUGUCAAAAUCGAUAAAAACCCUGCCGGCGAGAAAGCGAGGUGCAAAACAAGCGAACAGUACGUCGUAACCGACAGAGACGACUCGUCGGAGCCGCGACGAUCGAAGCGCAAUCGCGGAAGACUGGUAAUCUAUUCAGACGACGGCGACGACGACGACGACGACGACGAGGACAUUGAAGUGGCAGAGGGAAGCAACGCAGCGGCAGAGCUGCCUGCUCAGGGGACACCACAGCUGCCUGCUAUUGACGAAUCGUGGAGCCGCCCGCCGGCGCCACCUGCUGACUGGUCUCACAGCAAGCAGAUGGCGAGAGAUUUCCCCGUGAAGGUGAAGCGGUUAAGUCUCGCGGUGCCGCAAGCACCCCCUGGUGUGUGUGCGAGCGAGCGGCCUCUGCGCGGGUUGCCGAAAUCGUCGCCACCCUCUGCAGAAUGGGAGGCGAGCAUCGAGGCGUGCGACACGGAGCCGGCUGGUCGCCGUGGCGACGCGGAGGAUGCCACAUGCGGUCGCCACGGCGACGCACGGAGUGAUGGGGGAGGAGGUGCAGGGAUGAGCGGUGGGAGCGUCAUAAUGGAGACGUGCGACACGUCGCCGCUGCUAGUGAGUCCUCCUUCGCAAUCGCUCCUGGCACUUCCUAGCGAACUCGGCGAGAUCGAACAACCUGCUCAGGUGCUGACGGCGACUGUGGCGCCCUCUCAAGCAGAACGUGCGGACCUCUCGUGUCGAAUACCCUCGCAGUGUGAUCCCAUCGGAAGCAUCCCCGUACUGACCUUGUCGGGGGAUUCAGGAAGUAAGGGCAGCCCGGAUGUUAUUCCUCCUACGUGGGUCGCAUCAGCAGCAGCAGCAGCGAAACGCUCGUCCUGCCUCGCCGCGGGCGACGCGCAUGAGAGCGAGCCCGUCGCAAGCAGCCAGCAUCUCGACGCGCGCGGGUCGGCGGAGGUCGCGGCGAGCAGCCAGCAUCUCGACGCGCGCGGGUCGGCGGAGGUCGCCGCGAGCAGCCAGCAUCUCGACGCGCGGCCGUGUCGCCAUGACGACGGCGACACGCGCGGGUCGACGGAGGUCGCCGCGAGGCGCGGCACGUUCACCCUCGGUGCCGACACGCAGUGCUUGGAGGGGAUCGCCGCGCAGUCGCUCGACAUGACAGAGAUCGUGAUGCUGGCCGCAUCGUCGGGCAGCGCUCCCCCCGCCGACUCCGACGCGACACAGCUGCUGCCCUCUACCGGUGAGGACGGGAACGACGUGGGCGGAUCGCCGCAGCGGCGACUACGCAAGAGGCGGUCGCAGUCUUCGUCAGUCAGCGUCGUGCCGGACACCUUGGUCGUCGGCGACACUUGCGGCAGCGCGGCGUCGUCGCCGUGGCAACCCUCCCGUAGACCGGCGCCGCCGGCGAGCCAGCGUUCGGAGGAGUUUGUGUCGGGAAGCGUGCGGACGCCGUCUACAGACCAGCGGCAGCCGAUCGUGUUCGCGCGGCGACGGGAGGGGGACGAGAACGAUCGCCACGCGCUAACGGACACCCCGCCGUCGCUUCCGAUCUCGCUCGUCGCUGCCUACCAAGACACGAAGCGGGAGAAACAGCUGGGUUCCCGUGGUUCCGCGGAGAGUGAAAGCAACGACAGCGAACACCACAGCACUCGCAGCACAACGGUCGUCGAGACGGCGAAGAUUCAUUGCCGCUGUCCUGGCGAAACGAGUGGAGCGACAGGAAGUGGAUGCCACUGA